AUGACAGAUGACUGGUUAAUCAUCGCUGGCUGGAUUGGAGCUUGCGGGUACGCAUCCGCAAUUGUCGUCCAGACGAAAUGGGGUCUUGGAUUGACUUCACUCAACGACAUGCCGGAUCAAAACGUCGUCAAUUUUGGCUUUACGCAAUACGUCGGUGCACCAUUCUAUGUUCUUGGUAUCUGGGGUUUCAAAACCAGCCUGCUCGUGUCCUACGUCCGCUUAGUCCCAGGCGCAUAUCGAUUGGUGCCCAUUUCGCUGGCCGUGAUUGUCACAAUGGCACAUAUCGCCUUUCUGCUCGUUUUCUUGCUUCUGUGCAUUCCGGUACAAAAGCAAUGGAUACCCACCACUCCAGGCCAUUGCGGACAGGCAGUCCCCUUUUACAUCACGUUCUCAUCCCUCACCAUCAUUUUCGACGUCAUAACGCUCGCCCUCCCCUUCCCUAUUCUCCUCAAGCUCCAAAUGAAGCUCCGUCGAAAAAUGGCCCUCUUAUGCCUCUUCGCCCUGGGCAUCUUCGUCACCAUUGUCCAAAUCAUCCGCAUCCAAACCAUCACCAGCCUCGCCAACUACCUCGACUCCGCCGAGGCCAUCAAGUGGUCCAUUGUCGAGACCAACGUCGGCAUCUUCAUCGCCUGCGUGCCCACGCUCGCACCCCUCGUCAGGUAUUUCUCCGAAAAGACUCGCAGCGGCGGCAGCAGCAGCAAUACGCCGGCCCGACCUGGUGGUGACGCCGGCUUCGCGCUGCAGUCGUGGAGGGUGACGAAGAAUGGGAUGAGGCCCCUGGGGAGCGGCGUGGAUAGGGAAGAUGGGGGAGAGAAGAGCACAGAGAAUAUCCUGCAGGGGCCGGUGGCCUCGGUGAGUGAGGCGAGCGACGACGGGGCUGGAUCCCAUGAGCGGGCUUCUGCUUCUGCGAGACGUGGCGACUGA